ACAGGCCUGACAGCAGCAGCCAUGGCCGAGCUCCAGAAGCUUCACAAGAUGAAGAUGAUGAUGAGUCUCCAGAACGGCAACGAGUCGGACAACGACGACCUGCACUCCAACACAGGAGGGAGUGAGUGUUCCUGGGAUAAGGAGCGUCUCACCAGCCCCCCUGCUGGAGCCCACAGUGGAGGAGGUGCAGGGGGAGGGGGGGGCGGAGGAGCACAGGUCGGAGUGGCGGGAGGAGGAGGAGGAGGAGGUGGAGUGGCGGCAGGUGGAGGGAGCGGGAGGGGGCCGGCCAUCGGAGCGGUCAAUCAACAACAACUCCAACAGCAGCAACAGCUACUGGCUAACAGGUUGGACCUGCCCUUCAUGAUGAUGCCCCACCCUCUGCUGCCCAUGGGGUUGCCGCCUGCGUCCGUCGCCAUGGCGAUGUCACAGAUGAACCACCUCAACACCAUCGCCAACAUGGCCGCCGCAGCCCAGCAGAUCCACACUCAUGUCCACCGCGCACCUGUCAUCAAGGAGAGAGUGUGUGACAGUCCUUCUCUCUCUCCGUCUGUUGACGAGACCAACACUCCUCUGCAGUCGCAGCCCAGCAGCUCCGCCUCCAGCUCGCCAGAAAGACUGGGACUGGUGUCAGCUGAUGCAGAUGUUGCACUGACCAACCCUGCAGCACCCAAUAAGAAAAUAACAAAGGACAAAGAGUCUUCGCUGGGACAAGCCCUGCCCCCCGGCUUCCCCGCUCCGUUCCUGUUCGCUGACGGUUUGUCGUCAGUGGAGACCCUGCUCACCAACAUACAGGGUCUGUUGAAGGUGGCGGUGGAGAACGCCCGGGUGCAGGACAAACAGAUCCAGGCGGAGAAGAGGGAGCUGAAGAUGGAGCUCUACAGAGAACGAGAGAUGAGGGAGAGUUUGGAGCGACAGCUCACCUCCGAACUGCAGAGCAGAGCCUCCAUCCAGAAGCGUCUGAAGAAGGAGAAGAAGGCAAAGAGGAAGCUGCAGGAGGCGCUGGAGUUCGAGUCGAAGAGGAGGGAGAGAGUGGAGGAUGCUCUGAAACACUCGUCCUCGUCCUCCCCCUCUCCUGAGCCGCUUCACGCCGCCAACAACAACAUUAACGCCAAGAACAACGCUGCUGUAGCCGAGGAUAAACCUGAACUUAAUGGAAACCAGCAAGACAACAGUGCUGUACAAGGUACCUGA